UUCCCCAACUGUCGCGUGUUGAUGACGUCAAUGUAAUGGCCGCUGUCGCUGUGUGGUGUAGGGCUUAUUAUUUUCUGAAACACAGCGGAUAAAAUAACCAGAAAAUAUUAUUGUACUGCGUAAAAGCGAUUUAAUAGAAUCGGGGCAGUUCGUUACGCAGCAAACCUGUCUUCAACGAGGUCCAGGUUGACAAGUGGAACAAUCUUUGAUGGAUACCCCUGAAAGCCCGACCCAGUCCCCUCAGUCACCUGAGGAGCAGGAGAAAGGCUGUUCAGACAGCGAGCUGCUGGAUUCUCCCGACGAGGAGGGCAGGGUUAUCUCAGACAACGAGUUAGUCGACGACGAGGACAAUGGAGAGCUGGAGGAGGAGGAAGAGGAAGACAUCCAGCAGUUGGCGAGUGUAGGGCGAGAUUCCGAGUUGGAGGAUGAAGACGAGGUGGUCCCAGAAUUUGUCUCAGACCCAGAUGACGACGAUGAGCCCAUCGGCGAGGGGGGGACAGGCAGCGGGAUGAUGGGGCCCGACGACGAGACCAUCCUGCUGAUGGACGGAGACGACGACCCUCCGCGGAAGAGCCAUUCGGCUGACGAUGACGAUGAAGAGGAGGAGGGAGAGGAGGACAAUGAAGCAGAAGAGGAAGAAGUCAUUGAUACGCCACAGUCUCCAGAUGCCGAGCCAGACCACGGCAAUAGCUAUUCGGCCCGAGGGAGAGAGCCCCUAGAAGAUGGCGAGGAGGAGGAGGAGGAGGAAGACGAGGAGGACAACGAGGAAGAGGAGAAGAAGAAGGAAAGCCAUCAGUCUCCUGGCCAUGAGCCGAAGGUUUCUGCAGCAGGGCACAAACCUGUAACAGUAGUUACAAAGGAGGUGGAGGAGGGGGAGGAGGAGGAGGAAGAAGAAGAAGGAGGCGAAGAACAACAACAAUAUUGCAACAGGGUGGAGGAGGAAGAGGAAGAAGACGAAUAUAAGAACAGGGCAGCAGAGGAAGCCAAGAGGAGGACCGAAGAGGAUGAGGAAGAUGCUCGGAGGAGGAGGAGGGCGGCAGUGGCACGGGAGAUGAAGGAGGACACGGCGUCGGCCUCCCGGGAGCUGGAUGAGCACGAGCUGGACUACGACGAGGAGGUCCCAGAGGAGCCAAGCGCCCCCCCGGCCGCCGAGGAUGAGGACGAGGAAGAGGAAGGCAAGGUGGAGCAGGGAGACGGGGAGCACGCGGAGGACAAACUCCGAAGCAUCAGGAAAAGGGAGAAGAAGCCCAUCCUCCCCCCUUCACCCAGGGACGGCCCGUCCAGGAGGGCGGGGGACCACAAGGGCCCGGAGAGGGGUCGCAGAGACUCUUUCAAGAAGAAAGACGAGGAUGACGGGGAGAUGGACGAAGGAGAGAUAGACGAUGAUGACCUUGAAGAAGGCGAGGUCAAAGACCCCAUGGACCGAAAGAUCAGACCACGUCCUAUCUGCAGGUUCUUUGUCAAAGGUAAUUGUACUUGGGGCAUGAACUGUCGGUUCAUCCACCCGGGAGUCAACGACAAAGGCAACUACUCCCUCAUCACCAAGCCCGACCUGUUCUCCCCCAACGGGGCGCCCCCAGGGGCACCCCAUCCCCUCCUGCCAAACAACCCAUGGGGCGCCCCUCCGGUGGAGGAGCUCCCGCCGCCCCCGCCGCCCGUGGAGCCUCCUGUGGAGAGUGCCUGGGAGCGGGGCCUGAGGCAUGCCAAAGAGGUUCUAAAGAAAGCCACUAUACGCAAGGAGCAGGAGCCUGACUUUGAGGAGAAGCGCUUCAACGUCACCAUUGGAGAGGACGAAAGGGAGUUUGACAAGGAGAACGACUUCUUUAGAGAGCGCAACUACCGCAUUAUCAGAGAUGAAAUGGACUUCAGGGAACCCAUCUACCCCGGGGAGCCGUAUGCCGACCCAUACUAUGACUAUGAGAUGGAGGCCCUGUGGCGAGGGGGGCAGUACGAGAACUUCAGAGUGCAGUACACAGAAGCCCCUCCUCUACCAUACCACUACACUGAGCGCGAGAGGGAGCGAGACCCCCGGGACCGCAACCGGGACCGGGACCACGAGCGGGACCACCGCGAGAGGGAGCGCCGGCAGCGGGAGCGCGAGAGGGAGCGCGAGAAGGAGCGCCUGCGCCGCAAGGAGGAGUGGGACCGGGACCGCCUGAAGCGGGAGGAGAAGGACCGCCCCCCCCGGGUGCGCCCCCCGCGGGAGCCCCGGGAGAAGAAGGAGGAGGACAUCAAGAUGAAGGUCCGCCCCGAGCCCCACUCGCCCGUCCCCCCGCCGCCCACCAACAGGCCGCUAGAGCCGCUGCCCAAGAAGGACACCAUGACGCCCACGAUGAGGCGACCAGACGAAUGGAAAGAUCCCUGGCGCCGGUCCAAGUCGCCGCGGAGACGGCAGCCCAUGGGCUCGCCGCCGCGGGGCCGCCGCCGCCACCGCCCCUCGGGCUCCUCUGUGACCAUGUCCCACUCGUCCAGGUCGUCGUCUCGGUCCUCAUCUUUCACAGGCAGUGGGUCGUCGCACUCCCGCUCGCGCUCCUCCUCCUUCAGCUCCUACUCCAGCCACUCCUCCCACCACAGCUCCAUCAGCGGCAGCCGAUCCAGAUCAAGAUCGUUCUCCACCUCGCCCUCUCCGAGUCAGGCUGCACCCAGAAACCUUAAGAACAAGACAGACCUGCCCCUGGUGCUGCCAAAGGGGGCGCCGCUGAAGCCUGGCCCCGGAGCCCCCCCGCGGAGGGAAAAGCCUCCCAUGAAGAAAGCCCUGAGCCCCCCCAUUCCCGCCGGCACCCAGCAGGGCAAGCCUCAGCGUCCCACACCCGAGGGGGGGCGACCGCCUGCCCACAGCCGGGAGGGAGGAGGAGGAGGAGGAGGAGGAGGAGGCGGCGGUGGCGGUGGUGGUGGUGGUGGUGGAGGAGGAGGAGGAGGUGGUGGUGGUCCGGUUGGCCCCGGCGCUGUACCAGGGGGAGCGCCUGGAUCUGCCCCAGCUGCAGUAGGAGGAGGAGUAGUGGAAGGAAGGCCCCCAGCCCCGAGAGAGCCUGGGAAGCCGCCGGGCCCCAGGGAGGGAAGACGCAAAGAACGGCAACAGCACCCGCCGCGCAGGCGCACUGCCAGUGGCAGCAUGAGUGCGAGCAGUUACACCGGUUCCAGCUCCAGAUCCUCGUCCAACUCGCUGUCACGCUCUGGCUCGCGGAAAUCCAGGAAAUCAAGGUCUCUGAGCGUGAGCAGCGUGUCGUCCGUCUCCUCGGCCACGUCGGGCACCAGCAGCUCGGUGCGCAGCGCCGACUCCGAGGACAUGUACGCCGACCUGGCCAGCCCCGUGUCCUCGGCCAGCUCCCGCUCCCCCACGCCCGGCCAGCCCGGGGGUGGGCACCCGGCGCCCCCCGGGGGAGGGCACCCCGCCCACCCCGGGGGGCCCCUGGGUCACCCCCUGGGACACCAGGGAGGACACCCUGGGGGACACCAGGGAGGACACCCCGGGGGACACCAGGGAGGACACCCUGGGGGACACCCUGGGGGACACCCUGGGGGACACCCUGGGGGACACCAGGGCGGACACCAGGGGGGACACCAGGGCGGACACCAGGGCGGACACCAGGGAGGACACCCGGGGGGACACCCGGGGGGACACCCGGGGGGACACCCGGGCGGACACCCGGGCGGACACCCUGGGGGACACCAGGGGGGACACCCGGGCGGACACCCUGGGGGACACCCCCGCAGAGAGAGGCCUGGACCGCCCCGUGAGAGGCCGCCACACCCGCGAGACAGGGGCAGGGGGAGACCGCUGAAGAAGGACGAGCCCUUCCGCGAGGACCGCAGGAAGAUGGACCCCUCCGGGAUGCCCCCACGAGGAGGCAACUUCAUGCCCAGGAUGGGACCCGGGAACAGGGGCGGCCACCAUAUGCACCACAUGCCCGGUAACAUGGGCCCCCCAGGGAACUACGGAGGAUCAGGAUCCCAUAAAGACAUCAAGCUCACCCUCCUCAAUAAGCAGCAGGGUGACCGCGGCAACAGGAAGAGGUACAUGCCGUCUGACAAAGAGCGCCCAGGCUCCCCUCUGAGCAAGAGAAUGGCCAUGUCUCCUGGCAGAGGCCGUGACCGGAGGAUGCCAGGACGACCAAUGUUCCCGCCGAGAAUGGAUCGGCCCAGAGGCCCAGGUCCCCGGCCCAUGCCACCUCAAGGGGACAGGAAGCGUCCGCUGUCCCCGCCAACCAAGUCCUCCGGAAAGGGCCCGUCGACUCCAUCGGGCAAACAGGCUGCCCCAGGCCCGGGACCUUCUUCUGGCUCUGGACCGGGCUCUGGCUCUGGCUCUGGCUCGGGUAAACCCAGCAAUACGCUAUCACGUCGGGAGGAGCUGUUGAAGCAGCUGAAGGCCGUCGAGGACGCCAUCGCCCGCAAGAGGGCAAAGAUCCCGGCAAAGUAGCCCACCCUGAGCCCAGCUCAGCGACAAAGAUGCCUGCCGGUUCGCCUACCUGCCGUUACGGACUAGUGGCCAAGGCGACAUUGUGGGCCAUGGGAUUGGGGGAUUUUCCCCCGGGAAUCCCACACAUUUCCUCCUGACCACACUCUGCCCCUUAAUGCCCUUUGAUGUGGAGCAUUUCACUGGAUAUGUGUAAAAUAAACAACAAAUAUUCUCGUCCCACAACAUAUGUAUGCCGCUGUUUGAAUGGCCAGCAAACAAUACCGUGGCCAGCAUAAAUACUUGAUUGUAGACAUACAUGGGAUUUUGUUCCGUCAAUUUGCAUACAGCCAACUUGCUCUGCCAUUUAACGUUGUUAAAUGUCCAUGUUCGUUUACUUGCUGUUGUGAAAGGGAUGCCGGUCAGGACUUCAUGGAUUGUCCUAUAUCUUGAUUUUACAGAACCAAAACAAAAUGGUGGAUAAGUUCUGUCUACUUGUUGGUCAGUUGAGUAAAAAAAUCAAAAAAAUUACAGGAAUUAAGGACCUUUCUGAUGUUUGUGUGUUUUGACAAAUAAGGUGAAUUUAUAGAUACUGAAUCUCGUUAUCGCUUGUCUCUCCCCCUUUCUACGCUCGGCACAAUUUUUACUGGGUAGGCUUAUAUUAUUUGAAUUCUCUUUACCAUACUGCCACCCCUUAUCAAAGCCCCUUUUUAAAUCUGUGUAUGAGGUGAAUCGACAAAUUCAGUUUAGAGUUUAACUGUCAGACUUGAUAUGGUUACACAAAAGGUUUCUUAAUUGUCCUUUGUUUAUUUUGUACAUACACCCAAGUAGGUUUCCUAUUUGGAGCCCGAUCUAACCAAUCAAAUUUUGUUAAUGGCUGACACCUUUUGCCACUGACUUGCCUCUUCAACUCCACUGGCCCUGUGGGGCAAUUCGAUCCAAACCUUUAUACAAUACUAUUGCGUUACCUGAACCCCAAGUAGGUCAUUAUUACCGGGAAAAAAAAUGGUGACGUGAAAUAUUGCUUCAUUCGGCUUUUUCUUAUCUUUGUUUAAUUUUUUGUUAUUCUUCUAGGCUCUUUUCAAGUGAUACAGAAUUUAUUUGUCCCAUUUUUAGUUGGCACACAAUAUUAGAGAUGUAACGGCGAUAUGAGUUGAUGGAUACCCGCAUCUUUCUUGUGCGACAAAAAGGGUUCUAAAUAAACUAUUUUGAUAAAGAGAA